AAUUAUCUAAAAUCCUGGAAAUUAUGUUUUAAUAUUGAGCUUCUUGUUCGUUUAAUUCGUGCUCAUGUUGGGUUUUUGACUCCUUGAAGACGAGAGAUCAUUGUCCGAGUUUUCCUAGAAUGCACCGUACUGACUAAUGCCGGGUUCAAAACAACUGGGAAUUUGCACAUUUCUAACUUUAGUGCUUUCAAAUCAACUGACACUCAGAUUUAAAAAACGAGCUCCGAAUGGAAAUAAUUGAUUUGAACCGUCAUCCAACUCGGAAUUCCAAUUGGUGAACUCGGGCCUCUUUCUAGAUUUUCGACCUGCAGAUCACUGACGUCAUGGUUUGACGUUGUAUUAUUCCGAAUUCCUAGUACUUUUGAAUGUGGCAAAUGUACGGACAAUGUGAAAUCCAUGUAUAUGGGGCCUAAUUUAUUUAUUUAAAUUGACUGAUUUCCUUAUAUGAACGGUAACUCGGUAAAAUCGUUGAACUUGUUUUUGUUAUUUAUAGUUACAGGCAUGUAUUUUUUGGUAACUGGUGACGACCCGAUAUUCGGGAUACAACAGCGUAACAAAAGUUGAAAUAAGAUCUGUUGCUUGUGUAGGCUACUAGAAUAUAGUCUUUUUAAGGGCGAUAUAUACGUAUUUAAGAAGGCACUUCAUGCACGCAAAAUUGUAUGCAUUUGUGUUGCACAUCCACAUUCAUACAGUGCAGCAUGCCAUGAAAAUCAUUCCAAUAUAUAGUCUACCCGUUGUCUGUCAAAAGUAUAGCCUACCCCUAGAUGUCGCUAUGUGAGCAGUGCACCUUAGCCUAGUAGUCUACCGCUAUUAUCUUUCUACCGUUUUGUGUGGAUAUCAUCCAACAAUCAUCAACGUUUAUUUAGACAUUGUGCACAAUUUUGACUAUGUUCACUUUUGCAUAUUUUCCCCAUUUCACCCACCUCAAUCUAUGGAUUGAGUGAUUUGACAACUGAGCUGAUUGUGUCACCCAAUAGGAAUAGCGUCCAAUGCAUCAUAUUUUCUGAGCUGACCAUUUGGGCAUAUCAGGUUCUCUUGCAAUUAUUUGACUGGUCAUCUGAACCAACAAUCAAGGAACCUGUUGCGGUGAAGACCAGAUAAAGCAAGGGCACCAACGCAUAAUAUUGAGAUGCAGACUCUUCUGAAGGGCAGAAGAGUGGGCUACUGGCUCAGCGAGAAGAAGAUCAAAAAGAUGAAUUUCCUGGUAUUUGUGGACAUGUGCAGGAAACGAGGCAUAGAAAUGGUUCAGCUGGAUCUGAGUCGGCCCCUGGAGGAGCAGGGCCCUCUGGAUGUCAUCAUCCACAAGCUGGCGGACCUCAUUCUGGCGGACCAGAAUGACACGCAGGCCCUGCUAUUGGUGCAGAGUGUCCAGGAUUACAUCGACACCCAUCCUGAAAUGGUGGUUCUGGACCCGCUGCCGGCCAUUAGGACAUUGUUGGACCGCUGCAAGUCCUACCAGCUCAUCCGCAGGCUUGAAGACUGCAUGAAAGAUGAAAGGAUCUGCUCUCCUCCCUUCAUGGUUCUAAGGAGUGAGUGUGGAACCGACACUCUCAAACACAUCCAGAAACAUGGCAUUACCUUCCCUUUCAUUUGUAAAACUCCAAACUCCAACUCCCAUGAGAUGGCCAUCAUCUUCAGUGAGGAGGACCUGAAGGAUGUUAAGCCCCCGUGUGUGAUCCAGAACUUCAUUAACCAUGAUGCUGUACUCUACAAGGUGUAUGUGGUGGGAGAGGCCUACUACGUGGUGGAGAGGCCUUCUAUCAGAAACUUCCCUUCUGGACCUGCAGAGAGAAAACCCAUUUUUUUCCACAGUCACGAUGUGUCCAAGCCAGAGUGUGCUUCCGACCUGAAUUCUAGGGACAAUGUGGAGGGGGUGUCCAGGGUGCCUAUCGACGAUGUCAUCAGGGAGAUCUCCAGGUGUCUGCGGCGGGCACUGGAUGUGUCCCUGUUUGGCAUCGACAUAAUCAUCAGCAACCAGACAGGGCAGCAUGCAGUCAUUGACAUCAACGCAUUUCCAGGUUAUGAGGGAGUCCCGGAGUUCUUUGACGACCUACUGAGUCAUCUCACAAGUGUUCUCCAGGAGCGGGCCUUUGAGAGGACCAGCGUGGUCGGGGGACAGCUCCCCGCCGCAGCCCUGGCCGACUGUGGGAAACCCUGCAUGCUCCUGGGAAACGAGGCCAACACCUGGAUCGUAGAGGGAGACUGCGUCAAGAGGGGAGGCAAUCAAGGACUGGGGUGCGACUCUGAAGUUUCGGCCAACUUCCAACAACAUUGUGCGUCUGCCAUCCCCACCAAAGCCUCCUCGCAAUAAUGCCCAGCCCCUAGUAGUGAAGAACAAGAUGUUGUAUGUAAUAUAGAUAUAGAUAUAUACAGUGGGGUCCGAAAUUGACACCCUUGAUAAAGAUGAGAAGAAAAUUACGAUCAAAUAAAUAAUUAAAUUACUGAGCUACAUUGUAUGCUCCAUUUUUGUGUUCUAUUAUACAGUUGAUCAGAAAAAGUGUUUAAGUUAUCUUUUUAAAUGUAAUCUGACCAUAGCACCGGUUUCAAUCCAAGUGCCAAUGCCAUUUAGCGAACUCCAGGCACUUACACUUUUGGAAAUGCAUGAAAAUAGAGCUCUUUAUUUUUGUUGUAAUUUUUGCUUAUAUUUUUCAAGGGUGUCAAUCAUUUUGGACCCCACUGUAUGGGGUCCAAAAUGUCAGAAAAGCUUCAAUGCAUCUUGGCAUAGAUCAGGGUUCUCCACCCCUGUUCCUGGAGAGCUACCGUCCUGUAGGUUCUCUCCAACCCUAAUCUAGCACACCUAUUUCUAGUAAUUAGCUGGAUAAUAAACUGAAUCAGGUUAGUUACAACAGGAAGGUAGCUGUAUGGGAACAGGGUUGGAGAGCCCUGGCAUAGAUUCUUCACGUGUCUGUAACUCCAUCAUUUGGUGUUUUAUUGGUGGUGGAAAACGCUCUCAGGCGCCACUACAGAAUAUCCCAUAAGUGUUCAAUUGGGUUGAGAUCUGUUGACUGAGAUGGCCAUGGCAUAUGAUUUAGAUCAAUGUUAUGCUCAUCAAACCAUUCAGUGACCACUCGUGCCCUGUGGAUGGGGGCAUUGUCAUCCUAUGGGGCCAUAGCCAGGGUAGCCAAAAUAAUGGCCUACCCAGUAUUUUUAUACAUGACCCUAAACAGGAUGGGAUGUUAAUUAAAUAAUUAACUCAGGAACCACGCCUGUGUGGAAACACUUGCUUUCAAUAUACUUUGUAUCCCUCAUUUACUCAAGUGUUUCCAUUAUUUUGGUAGUUACAAAUUAAUGUACUUGCUGAGAGCAAGACCACAAGAUGUCUUACAUAUUCUUAAUAUUAGUGUGCUUGCAGAAGGCAAGACCACUCUGGAUUCCUUAAGUGUGCUUGCUUAAAGCAAAACAACUUUAGGAGCUGUUCAUACUUAUUAUUCCCCUGGAACCUUUAGUGCCAAAACUGUACCUACACCAAAACAAACUUUAAAAAGUCCAGACAGCCACUGCUCAGGUUGCUUGAAAAGGAAAGUAUACCAUUUAAUACUACGAAUACUUUUCACACUACAAUCGUAUUUGCAUAAAUCCCAAUGCAUUUCAAUGGAAUUCCGGUCGUAACUAGUCUUCCACCACUUAAACUAGAAAUGCUAUUAUGACUUUAAAACGUGCAGACUGGUCUGGAAUAGGUUGCUUGUAAACGUUUUUUUGAUACCAUUUAUUAUUUUUGAACUAUAACUGUUUAACAUGUGCGUAAAAGCUCCAUAGGCUUGAAUGGGAAGUUUUUAUUUUAUUUUAAAGCAUACAUUUUAUACAAAGUGAAGCCGAAUACCCAAAACCCCUUGGUUGUCCCUAUCCUCAUGCCCACCCAUCUCCAUGCCUGCCCACCCAUCUCCAUGCCUGCCCACCCAUCUCCAUGCCUGCCCACCCAUCUCCAUGCCUGCCCACCCAUCUCCAUGCCUGACCACCCCUGAGAAGUAUUUGGAUUCGCAAUUGCUCUUGAACCGUUAAAGCUACAAACACCAAACCAACCUUGACUUGUACAUGCUGACUCAAUGUAGAUUGCUUGUCUAUUUUAUUUUAUGCUUUUUCUACUUUUUAAACUAUAACCAUUUUUUUUUUUUUUGCUUCAAAGGCAAAAUGUUGCUUCACCACUGCUCUUGAUCCGUUUCAGCUACAACCACCACCCCAAUGUUGACAAAUGCCGACUGACUCAACUUAAAUGGCUUCAACAGAGCUUUUUGCUACCAUUCCUACCUCAUAAACUAUAACGCUUGUUGUAUCCCCAUCCAUUUCAAUGGUUGAAUGUGGGCUUCAACAUUCUUAACUGAAAUCACUACCACAACUUUCACCCCAAAAUAAGUCACUAAAACUAACAUAGCCUAUUACUAAUUAUUACUAAAACCCUACUACUGCCAUUAAUACAACUAUUUCACAACCAUAAGUAUUCAAUAUUAGCAAGCACACCAGGUUUACUUCAGUAAAUGUCCCUUUUCAAGUUAUUCUAUUUAUUCCCCUCAAUAUAGUGCUUAAAUGAUUUAAGCUAUUCACACUAAACCAACUUCCAAAUGUGCAGACUAACUCAAAUGACCUUGUUUGAGAAUCUUUUUGAUAGCAUUUUAUACUUUUGAACUACAACGAUAUUUAAAAUGAUCUACAAUGCAUUUCAAUGGCAAAAAGAUGGUCGAGGCGUCAAUAUUCUAGACUCAUCGCUUUCGCUGUUUUUAAGCUAUCAACACCAAACCAACUUUGAUGUUCAGACUGACCCGACCUACAUUGCUUGCAUUCAGAUUUGUUAUACUAUUUAUACUUUUUGACCUAGAACCAUUUAAAAUGAGCAUACAUUCAACAUGGGUUUCAAUGAGAACCAUAGGAAUAUAGUGUUAGCUAUUCAAAAUGGUCCUUGGCCAAUUAUGCUACAAGACCAACUUUAAAACAUUUCAGGUUUUAUAAACUAUUUCACUUUGCUAAAAUGUGCAUAAAUGCAUGGAUUCAAUGCCAACAAUGAGAACACAGUGGUAGACAUUGUAAAUGCUACUGCUCUUUAACCAUUUCCGCUACAAACAACAUUUAAAACUGACAUUUUCAGAAUUUGUUUAAACUAUAGCAAUUCAAAAAUGUCAAUUUGGCAUUUAAUAACCCACCAACAGUAAUAGUAACUCUUGAACCAUCCAAACCAACUUGUUCAGGCUGUCCAAUCAGUCUUUCCAUCUACCGGCUUUUCAACUAUAACCAGUCACUACCAUUACCACUUCAGUCACUAUCACUACAAUCAUUUAUUUCACAACCAUAAAUACUAUAAAGAUGUCCUUCCAGUGAUAUUUGAACUUUUCCUGUUGAGAAGCAAUAGCCCAAGUAAUGUACACCCACUUAAGCGUAAAAAUGUUGUGAGCAAAAUGUUUUUUAGACAACUGUAAACUUCAAGGAGGUGGUCUGAUGUCAUUGUACCAUCCCACUUGUGUCACGUCAUAAUCGUACCUGGAUCACCUUGAGAUGUGCCUAAAUAAAUCAGGUGUUCAAUGAGAUGAAAAGACUGGAGCAGGACUUUAAGACAGGCUCGCAAGCACAAACAUUUCCUUUAGUGCUGAGAAGGAAGAUUUUUUUUUAUUUUAUGAAUUCAGUGAUUCCAAUUUGUUUGUUUUGAUCCACUGGUUUACUGUGAUCCCAUCCCUGCUAUUGGAUCUCUGUCAUAUCAAGGACUUUGUCAAAUGUGUCUAUAGGUUCCUACUGAGCCGACAUGGUCAUGCUCUCCUGUAGGGGAGGGCAAGGGGACCCAGCAGCCUUCAUUUAAUUUUGUGUGUGUCAGUCUGAUCUUUGAGAUACGUAUAUGAUAAUUUAUUAUAUAGUAUAUUGUGAAUAUACAUUGAAUGCACAAAACAUUAAGAACACCUAAUAUUGAGUUCCCCUCUUGCCCUCAGAACAGCCUAAUUUGACGGGGACAUGGACUCUACAAGGUGUCAAUGUUGACUCGUACUUCCCACAGUUGUCAACUUGGCUGUAUGUCUUUUAGGUGGUGGACCAUUCUUCAUACACAUGGGAAACUGUUGAGUGAUAAACCCAGCAGCUUUGCAGUUCUCAACGCAGACCGGUGUGCCUGGCACCUACCAUACACCGUUCAAAGGCACUUAAUCCUUGUCUCAAGGCUUGAAAAUCUGAACUUCAAUAAGGGGUGAAAAUCCUAACAUCCUAACAUCAAUAAGAGAUCAUAGCUUUCACCUGGUCAGUCUGUCAUGUAAAGAGCAGUUGUUCUUAAUGUAUUGUAUACUCUGUGUAUAUUGUUUAUCUUUCAGGACAGAACACAAUUAGUAUACUACUCUGUAAAAUCCAGAAUAAAUGUCAACUACUUAGGGCUAGAUUUAAUCAGGGCCGCCUUAAUUGUUUUUGUUUAGGCGAAGUUGGAUGUGUAACCGCGUUGGUGCUGUCAAAUCGACAAGCUGCUCCCAGCGUUAUACAGAUCGUGGACAUUGCUUUUGGAUACUCCUUCUCCCAUUUGUAGUAAUCCCAUGCAGCCAUGUUAAAUUUUUCCACGGGUUUGUGUGUUGUAAUCUACACCUCGAUUAGGCUGAAUUAAAUCAUUAUUUUGUUGAAUGAUUUUAAAUUUGACUCAUUAUUUCUAUAUAGCCUACACUUUCUCAUUCUGAACUUCUAACUCUGUGGGAUGUGUGUGGCCACGGAUUUGACACCUCCAACACUGUUACACUGUGACACCACCUAAACAAAAACAACGAUAUGCUAUGCAGCUUGCCGGUUAUGGCUGAUUUGAUUGACUCUAGGCCUUGCUGUUUUAUUACCUGUUAAAAUGCUGUGAGUGCAGCAUAGAUCAAUUUCUCUAGAUUUUUAUAACAAAUUUGCUAAAUUAGCUUUGGGGACUUACAUUUAUCAAAGAAGAACCAAGUAAAGAUCAAUAUGGGGAAAUUAAAAGUUCCAACUUAAAAUGUGAGAUUACUGUUUGUAACCAUUUUCCUGAUGUAUGCUAUUGAACAAAAUGUGUAUGUUGUAUAAAUGGUCAAUAUGGACAUAUUUAUACAAAAAUGGAGAUAAUAAACAAGGAAGACAAAUAAAUGUACACCAGAAAGUC